AGUGGGGUGGUCAGUUAGUCGGGCUUCCAAGUCUCGUUUCGUGUCAUUCUUAGUUCAAAUCUAACAGCAACAAGAGGAUAAAAAAUUGUUUUUUUUUCAUUCAGUAAUUAUUCUUUUCUUUCAAUUUAUCGAUAGAUCAAUUUAUGUGAAAGUGAAAGUGAUUUUUUUCCAAUCAAAUUUUCAAUUUGUGAUAGACAAAAAAAAAUUAUAAUAAAUGGCCGCAACCGAGAGGACGUAUUUAACGAGACCAAAUGAUCCACCUCAUUAUGUCGAAUUUGCCGGCAUUAUUCGGAACCGAAGAAACAGAAUUCGUCAAUUUCAAUGUUGUGUCUGUGCAUUUCUUUUGGCACUCUUUGUGAUAAGCGUUGUCAUGACAAUCAGCUACUCAAUAAGUCACACGUCGACAAAUAAUUUAACAGCCGCCACCAAUUCAACAAUAAAUCCCGAGAUAAAUCUCUUAAAAUCUGCCGAAUGGAAAUUAAAUCCCGACCCACCGGAUGACAAUGAUGAUAAUAAUAAUUUACCAUCCCUAACAGACGGGGAAACAAUUCAAGGCAUUAAAGCCGGAAACGAGGCAAUUGAAAAUCGAAGAAUUUCCGACGCUUACACUAAACCCUUACCUUCGCCAUCGCCGAAUUUCCGUCAUCAAUUCGCCGUCAGCACAAGUCUCGAGGCCGGUGCAUUGGCCCUAGCUGGUGUUGGCGAAAUAGCCGCAACAAUACGAAUCGAAGAGUCAAGAUCCCUCCACGGUAAACCAUCGUCAUUUGGCAGCUACUUCAAUGGCGGUUGGACAUCACACGGACACUGUAAAAAAUUCAGGGAAAUUAUUUGCAAACCGAGUAAAUAUAGAACGUACGAUGGUACGUGUAAUAAUAGAAAGCAAUGGGGUGCGGCAAUGACACCGUAUCGAAGAAUUUUACCGCCAGCUUACGCCGAUAGAAUAAAUGCGCCAAGAAGAGCAAUUUCGGGAAAGGCACUGCCAUCAGCUAGGGAAGUUAGUCUUAAAGUUCAUCCACCAUCGCCUAGUUCAAAUCCCGCUUUCACGGUGAUGUUGGCUGUUUAUGGACAAUUCUUGGAUCAUGAUAUCACAGCGACAGCCAUCAGUCAGGGUAUCAAUGGAAGUUCUUUGUCCUGUUGCUCGGCAUCGCUCUAUCAUCCUGAAUGUUUUCCAGUUAAAGUUGGACAUGGCGAUCCGGUCUACGAUAUUGGAAAGAGCUCCUGCAUGGAAUUUAUUCGAUCUGCUCCUGCCUCGCAGUGUGAAAUUGGUCCUCGACAGCAACUCAAUCAGGUGACAUCCUUCAUUGAUGGCUCAACAAUCUACGGCGCAGACAAUGAGACAAUAAGCACCUUACGUGAAUUUCACGGCGGUCGUUUGAAAAUGCAAGUGACAUCAGACAACAGAACUCUUCUGCCAAGAAGUACAAACUUCAACGACGGUUGUAAUCGAAAACAGGAAUGGAAACGUGGUCGCUACUGUUUCGCCGCCGGUGAUAAGAGAGCAAACGAAAAUCUUCAUCUAACAACAAUGCACAUUUUAUGGGCCAGACAACACAAUCGCCUCGCCAAUUCCCUUCACACUCUAAAUCCAUCUUGGAAUGACGAGAAACUCUUUCAAGAAUCACGCCGAAUUCUCGGCGCUCAACUCCAGCACAUCACCUACAAUGAAUUCCUCCCAAUAGUCCUCGGCGAAACAUUAACAAAUGCAAAGAACCUAAAACCCAUGAAAUCAGGCUUUCGUCGUGUUAAUCACACAGUCAAUCCAGCUUUGGCGAAUAAUUUCGCCUCCGCGGCAUUUCGUUUCGCUCACACAUUACUUCCGGGUCUGAUGAAAUUGACCGACAGCGCGAAAGGAACGACGAGUUACAUUGAAUUGCAUCGAAUGCUCUUUAAUCCCUACAGUCUUUAUAAUGAAGAGGGAAUCGCGAAAUCAGUGACAAUGGCAACGUCGAAUGUCAUUCAAAAGACUUCGACACACGUCACGUCACAAUUGACGAGUCACUUAUUCGAGGAUCCUGCAUCAAAUAAAUCACUUCCCUGUGGAUUGGAUCUUGUCUCGUUGAACAUUCAACGAGGACGGGAUCAUGGACUGCCGGGUUAUAGUAAAUGGCGAGAGCAUUGUGGAUUGAAGAAAGCAAAUAAAUUCUCCGAUUUGGAGGACGAUCUGGAGCCUGAAGCUUUGAAGGAAAUUUCUAAAUUGUACAAGAAUGUUGAUGAUGUUGAUUUGUAUACUGGAGCUUUGGCUGAAAUUCCUCGAUCAGAUGGCAUUGUGGGACCAACAUUCACUUGUCUUCUUGGGGAACAGUUCGAGAGAUCACAGCAGGGCGAUGGUUUUUGGUACGAGAAUUCCGAUCAUCCUGGAGCGUUCACUGAAGAGCAAUUGCAAGAAUUACGAAAGACGACGUUGGCGAAAUUGAUCUGCGAUUGCUCUGAUGGAAUAACAGACAUUCAGGCUGAAGUAAUGAAGUCGGAGGACGGCAACAAUCCAAUAAUCUCUUGCGAAGAUAUUUCUGAACCUUCCCUGGAGCCUUGGAGAGAAAUUCCAAAUCUUUCCGCCGAAGAACCUGUCGAAGACUCAAACUGGCUGAUCUUCAAGACCGAUAUCAACAAAACAGUCCAAAAUCUCGCAGAUUUCAUCAAGGGCAACGAACCUUCAAUUCCAGACGAUGACUAUCUUCAAUUUCAAAAAGAAAUAGACGAAUCCUUCCAAAAUCUCAAAAACGAACUCCAAGGUCUUCGUCCCACUUCAUUAAAUACUAAUCGACUUGAUUCCUCCUCUCCUAAUUCCGAUCAGGAUAUUCCCGAUGGUUUUGCUCCCGAAUUACCAACUACUUCCGAUUUAAUAAAUCUCAUGCUUUUCAUGAACAAUUCACUCCAAGAGGCGAGAAAUCAAGUGUCACUGCUGGCGAGGAAACAUCCCGUUCAUCACGAUUGGGAAGUGUUUAAAUCGAAUAUCACAAGAGUUCUGAAUAGAAGUGUUGAUCAACUGAAGGAGGGCUCGUCCAGUCGAGACGAUUGGUUGGCUUUCAAGCAAAAAAUCAAAGUUGAAGUCUCGCGGAUAAAAACCGAAGUUGAUGAUAUGAAAAAUCAAAUUGCCGAGAUGAAGAAAAAUCCCAAACUCAAAAAAGUCAUGGAUCACGACUCCGAUUGGCAGAUGCUCAAAAAUGACGUCGUCAAAUCAAUCGGCGAAGUUGUCGACGUUAUUGAAGACAAUCUCCCACCGUCUGGCGAUCCAAGUCGCGGGACUUUUCUCCAACGUAUCAAAAAUCGAUUCCAUCGUUUCGGUCAUCGAGGCAUUCAUAAAACUGAAGAUAAUGAAAAUGCUGAAAAUUCUAAAGAUAAUAAAAAUGCUGGAAAUGAUGAAAGUGAUGAAAAUAUAGAAGAUAAUGAAAAUACAGAAGACGAUGAAAAUAUAGAAGACGACGAAAAUAUAGAAGACGAUGAAAAUACAGAAGAUGACGAAAGUGCAGAAAAUGAAAAAAAUACAGAAAAUGAUGAAAAUACAGAAGAUAUUGAAAAUACUGAAGAUAAUGAAAAUGAUGAAAAUACAGAAAAUAAUAAAAAUACAGAAGAUUCAUUCGAAGAUGCCAACAACUCAGAUGAACAAUUUUCCUUCUCCCACUGGCGGAAAACAAAAAGAAAAGCCAUCAAAUCAUUAAACGAAGCCAUCAGCAAUAUCGAAACAAAUAAACCAAACUGGUCCCACUACAGAGACGAAAUCAAAAAGAAAUUCUCAAAACAAAAACAUUUUUUCUCCUCGCGCAACGAAAGUCGCGAAUGGAUAAAAUUCAAACACCAACUCAAGGAAACUAUCGAUAAAAUAAUUGAAGAAAUUCGUGAUAAAUCUCCAAAACCCAAUGAUCCAUCGUGGCCCGAGUACAAAGAGAAAAUCACUGAAAUGUUAUCAAAAUUCCGCAGUGAUAUACCAGUGAAACCGCCCGUUCUAUUAACAAUAUCCGAAAACACGGUGUUCGAUUGGAAAACCUUUAAAUCCGAUAUGAAUAAAUCUUUAUGCAAGUUAAUUGAUGAUAGAAGAUCGGGAAAUUUAUUGCCAAACGAUACUACACAAUGGCAGGAAUUUAGGGAGAAAUUUCACAAAUCAAUGAACGAUUCUAAAUACAGAAUGUCCAUUUUGAAAUUGAAUUUUGUGGAGAAUUCAAAAUUGGAUUGGAUUAAUUUCAGGCGCGAUUUGAAGGAGGCGAUUGAAAAUGUUGUUCGAUACAUCAAAGUAAAUUCUCCACCACGUGGAAGUCCGGAAUGGAUUGAAUUUAGAAGGGAAAUAAGAAUGAAAUUUUCUGAAAUUCGCCGUGAAUUUGAUAAUAGAAGAGAUGAAAUUUUAGAAAGAGAAUUAAAAGAAAUAAAUCAUGAGGAACUGAAUGAUUGGAAAGCAUUGCGAGAGGAUAUCAAUCAAACGAUAAAUACAACAAUGAAUCGAAGAAAGAAAUCCGUUUGUGAUUCAAAUUGGAAAUUUUGUCAUUAUAUCAACAGAUCAUUUUCUGAAUUUAAAAAUAAUGUGAGUGAAUUAUCAUCAAAAGUACAAGAGAAAAAUUUGCUGAAAUUAUCCAACGAUUGGAGUGACUUUUCCCAUCAGAUAAAUGACUCACUGAAAAAUGCUCUCAAAAAUUUCGAUAAUAUCAAACUCUCCAAAAAUCUCGACUGGAUGAAUUUACGAGAGUCCAUAAGGAACAAUAUUGCUCAACUAAAAGAAGAAAUAUCGAAAAUUAAACAAGAAUGGUCAAUGAGAAUAAACGAAGAAAAUAAAAAUAUUUCCGAUCUGGAAAAAAAUACCGACCAAUCAUUCCUCGAUCUUAAAAAUCAAGUCGAAUCUUUAGAAAUUUCAAGUCAAUUUAACAUCAAAGAGGAGGAUUGGAACAACUUUAAGAACUCGAUAAAUAAAACAGUAAAAAAUUAUAUAGAUUUACUAAAAGAAAACAAUUCCAACGAAUGGAUGAAUUUUAAAAAUUUUCUAAAAAAUUCAAUCGACGAUCUAAAGGAACAAAUAGUUGAGUUGAAAAAGAAUAUUAACGAAUCAAUUGAAAAAAUUAAGGUAGAAAAAUUGAAUCGAAUACCAUCAAUCGAAUCAAGUAAUAAUAACAAUAAAACGAUAGAAGGGAUUUUAAAUAAUUUGAAUAACUCCUCAAUUAUCAAUUCCAAUUUAAAUAAAGUCAAAGAAGCAUUAGUGAGAGCUCGAGAUCAAAUUCUACGUCUUUCGUAUAACGAUUCCAAAUCAACUGAAAAUAUUUCCAAGUGGAAAAAAUAUCAAGACUCAGUGAAGGAUCAUUUUAAUGAAUUAAACGAAGCUAUGAAAAAUAAAACGAAUCCUAUAAACGAUACAAAAUCGUCUGCAUCAAAAUUGACUGCUUUCUCAAUCUCGACAAGUUCCAUUUUAAUUCUAAUUCUGGUGAGACUAGAAAUAAGUUUUUAAUUAUCAUCGAUAAUAUAAUGUAUAUUUAAAUAAAU